GAUAAGCUGUAUAUUAGGUGUACAGUUUAGCAUUUUGUCAAACGAAAAAAAAAUGUUAUGUAAGCAACGUACACUUGAGACGUCUCUAUUAUUAAGAUAAGAGCAGGACAAUAAUAAACGAGAAAUGGAAAACAAAAAGAUUGAAGACAUGAAUUCGAAUUCAAACAAAGAUGUGGACUUCAAUACGUAUGCGACGAAGAAAACAAUCGCUAAAGGUCUGUUUGACUUCGGACUGCUGAUGAGCAAUGCAUCGCAACUAAAAGCCCUACUUAACCAGGGACCCUCACAGAAAUUUUACUACGCCGUCUUAGCGCUAAUUUCUGUGUCAUUAUUACUGCAAGUGAUAGUCGGGAUCAUGCUGCUUGUUCUAGGGAGGAUGGUAUGGAGAUCUGACGAAGAAAAGAGGAGAGCUAACGUAUUGAACAAUGUAACUGUUGGUUUUGUCUGUGCUAUUACAAUCGUCAAUGUUUUUAUCGCUGCCUUUGGAAUACAGAUGUCAGGAGAUUCAAAAUAAUAAAACAAUGGGAAAGGACAUUUUUAUGCUAACAUUGCAUUACGUCAUAAAUGACGUCGGUGAUUAAUUACGACAAUGAUUAGUCUUCUGCUACAAAUUAUAAUAUUCAUUUAAGAAUUCUUAUGUAUGAUUUAAAAUAGCUGCAGUAGUUUUACUAAUAAAGCCUUUGUCAUGUUAGAAUCUAACAUAUUCUGGCUACGGACUAAAUAGAUCAAAGUUCUUUUAAUCAUUAGAUGUCUAGCCUAUUGUUAAAGGCUUAUAUUCUUGCUCUGAUUAUAUCUUAUGUUUUGAGAAGAAAAGGGACAUGACUAUACACAAUUUGAAUAGCCUCAUGAUUUAUCUUCUGUGUACAAAACAGGGUCGAAAUACAGACACUGUUUCCGGUGGUAUAGCGUCGUUGUAAUGUAGUAGAUUCUAACUCGCCUCAUCUCUAAAAGUACGUCCACAUCGCGUAACAGCAGUGUACCAGACGACAGCCAGACGACGUCAAGUGAAAUAUAGCUCUAUAAUGAAAGAAAACAAACACAAUGAUGAUUAACGCUGAUAGUUUUUCAGACUAGGUGCAAAAAGAGCAAAAACAAACAAUUCCUUACUACCCGUCUAUCAUAAAGAAUACGUCAACAGUCUAGAUCUAUUCGAAAACAGUUCGGAUCACACUGGGGCUAUAUAGCUUUCACCAACGCUGCGCCGAUGCAGAAUUAGUCACAGAAACGGCCGAUGAAUAUAAUCGAGUGCAAGUAUUUCCGCUAUCAGCAACAGUUUCUAGUUUUGCCUUCAGUUCUGUGCCAUUAGAAACGAUAGCGGAAAGUUGGAUAUUCUUAGUGUCAUAGGCCUAUUGAACUAUACAAAAAAAGUCAUACUAGCAGCUGCUAUUUAUUGAACCUUGUGGUAACUAUGACUGACUGAUGGCAGUUAUGAAAUGGUCGUACCCUGCUCUAUUAUCACCGUGGGACGUGCAAGUCAUUUAUUAAGUUAAAACUGAAAAGACAAACACGGAUAUUUACGGAAUCAGAUAUCCUUUCCGCAGCCUUAACGUACUAAAACGUAUUAGCGUCUGAUGGCCCUUUCACGCUUCCGUAGAAACAACAUUUAUUACACGAAACUUAUUUUGAAAAUAUUUCUGAAAUGUCUCGGUCUGCAGCUCUCAAAUACGGUAAUAUCUUACAUCUGAGGCAUAAACUGACACUCUCAGACAACAUCAAAAAUGACAUUUUGAGCGAUUUGAUGAGGUUCCAGAAACGGGACGUAUACACAUUCAGUAUGAUAAAUUCAAGACGUACCUGGCGAUUACACUCUUCUGUAUUUUAACGUCUAUUUGUAAGAAGAAAUAUUUUAAUUGAUAGGGAAAUGGAGAAAAAAAUAUAAUGUAGUGCUUUAUCGUAUUAAAGGGAAAUUAUUCUUAAGAAAACACACCAUCAGUUUUGUUUCUUGGCUGAUUCCAGAUGACACACCAGCUUGUUAUGUUGCAUCCUGAUGUCAAAUUAUGUAAAUAUCCGCACCUGGUACGUCUUGUGUAUUAAAGUUAUGUAAAUAUCCGCACCUGGUACGUCUUGUGUAUUAAAGCUAUUUAUCACAUGUUUGACGUCGCGGGAGUGUAAGAAAGCCAUUAAAUAAAAAUGAUAAUACACUAGUGUAAUAAAGCUUGACGUCGACGUCAUUUAUAGUAUCGGAGACGUUGGUCAAAUUGUCUUAUUCAUAUAGUAAAAGAAAAUAGACUUUUUUUAUGUUUCGACAAGAAAGGCUAUCAUGUGGUAAAAAGAAUAUUACAUUUGUGACUUUCCACAUUGAAUUUAUUAAACGAGUUGAAUAAAAUUGAUAAAAUGCUCGGCAGAGCCUCGCAUUUUAUUAUUUUAUUCAACUCGUUUAAUAAAUUCAAUAUGAAAAGAAACUAUGUAAUAUCCUCUAUGUAAAUAUCCGCAACUGGUACGUCUUUUGUAUUAAAGUUAUGUAAAUAUCCGCACCUGGUACGUAUUGUGUAUUAAAGUUAUGUAAAUAUC